UGGUGAUUUUUAAACUAAGUGUGUUAUGAACAGACAGACGUUUUUUUGUAAGGAAGUAUAAUUCUUUCACGUGAAAGUACAUUUGUAGAAAAUGUGAGAUUCGUUUUAAUCUAAUGUACGGUGUAAAACAAAAAGUGAUUUGGACUGCUUUUUAGCUUUGCACGUCUUUGUGCUCCGCAACGACCCGUAGCGAACUUGAUAGAGCUAACGUUAUUAACUAAGCUAGCUUUGCUUUGGCCAGACAAUAUGCAGAUGGUUAGAUACCUAAGGGCGUUAACUUAGCAACACAUAUCCCAACCAGCUGGUUAUUUACACCAGGGUCCGUUUUCUGCUUGUUAAUUCACACAUCAGAAGUAUAUAUCGCACUAUAGCGUAGAUGUCAUAUUUGUGUGUAUAGAUAGCUAUGCUCACAGUCAGUAACGUUAGCUGCCUCAACAUAUUAGCUACAUUCUGCAGAGAUGUUGGAGGAGGAGCAGACAGACAGCACCAACUUGCCAUGUUAUGUCAGAAGCUCGACCGAAUUAAAACAAGAUAUCUAAUCGAAGAUGAAACUGAUAAUAUCAACCAGGCCAUUGGCUCAAAUUCCCCUGAAACGUGUCUCGCAUAUCUGAUGGAAUUGGAGAAGAAAGGAGACCCUCACUUGGAUCCUAGUCAUCUCACAAAGCUUACAUACUUCUAUACCCGUGUAUUCUCAACUAUGCCACUGGGAAAACACUGCAAAAAUGAGAGCUAUGCCAGAAUGCUGGUCAGAUUUGCAGAGCUGAAUGUAAUCCAAGACACCAAUGGGGCAGAGGACAACUUCAAUGUUGCGACUACACACUGCCAGGAUUUUGCUUUUGUCCACAUUGCACACGCUCAGUUUGAACUGUCUCAAGGCAACACAAAGAAAAGUACUUGGAUACUUCAGAGGGCCAUUGAACUGAGUGCCAAACCCAACGACCUGCUGGAGGCUGCUAUGCAGAACUUGACUUUGGGCAAAGCAGAACUUCUUUCCUCUGAGGAUAAGGAAAAUGUACCAGUCUCAACUUAUAAUACACAUGGUUCUGCGAAAAAUGGAACAGAAUUUCGCAAAGUCUCGAGAAACUCCGACGGUACAGGCGACUGUACCGUCGGUACAGGCGAAUCACUUUCCAGUGAUUUUUCUUCAGGGUCUUCUCAUUCUCUUCGAACAAUGGAACCACGGAAUGGACCCCAAGAGGACAAGGUUCCAGCUUGGAGGUCUGGUUCUCAACGAAAGAGAGCCGUUGGCAUGGCAGGGAGAGAGAGCAGUAGACUACAGGCAAUCUCAGAAAUGGAUGAUGAUGACAGUGAUGGAAGACAAGUGAAUAUGGAGGCUCUCAUCUCAAGUAGCUUGUCCAGGCAAACUUCUGGUUCAAGUGCGAUGUUAUCCUUGUCCUCGGCCAAGAAGCGUGUUGAAGAUGGGGAUUUCCUCAAUCUAAAGACACCUAUCAUUACCCCUGAGCCACGCCCAUGGAAGGACAUGGGAAUUGUGGACUCCACCACUACACUGCUGCACAGGCAAGAUAGGAGAGAUGACACUAGGAUGGAAGAUACCACUGACAAUAUAAACCAGAUAAUUGUUUCCAACUCCCCUGAGGCUUGCCAGAUGUAUCUGACCAAGCUGGAGAAGAGGGGCAAUCCUCAGACAGACACCAACCUUCUCCUAAAGCUGAAGGACAGCUAUUCCAGAGUCUUCUCCAGACUGCCAUUGGGAAUGUACAGCAACAGUGAGAGCUAUGCCAAGAUGCUGGUCCGAUAUGCUGAACUCAAAGGCAUUGAUGACCCAGAUGAUGCUCGGGACAACUUCAUCGUUGCGAGAUCCAACUGCAAAAGCUUUGCCUUUGUGCACAUAGCACAUGCUCAGUUUGAGGUUGCUCGAGGUCAGGUCAAGAAAGGCACGUCAAUACUACAGAAAGCCCUUCAGGUGAACGCAAAGCCCACUGAACUAAUUGAGACUGCAAUGCAGAAACUAAAAGCUGGGAAUUACCAGUUUCUCCCCGCAGAAGACCGAGAGAGUCUCCCAGAGCCACUGUCUCACGGGUCAUUGAGUCUGUCAAACUAUGGUAGAGAGAGGGAGCCGGAGAUUACCACCCGUUUACCUCUGAGCCAGACACAGCCCAAACCCUCUAGCAUGGAGCUGUCUUCAGGGUGGAAAAUACCAGCCCAUGUAAGCAGAGUCGUGUCUCCAGAGGAGAAGCACACCCCUCCUGAUUUCACGCCCAUUCCACGUCUGGUGGACUCUCUACCCACCCCGUCACUUCCUCUCCCUUCCAGACUCAACCCACCUGUCGCCUGCCAGAUGCCCAACUACAAAGACACCAGGGCCAACAGUUACUUUACCCCUGGGGUCAAGAGGAACUCCCCAUAUGCGGGCCCUCUCUCAGCAGCCCAUAAAGCCGGCCCUGCCCAGCAGCAGCCGUGCACCCCCCUCAGCCAGGUGUCCUAUGCCCAACAGAACCACCAGGGUUCUGCCGUUGCUCUCUCAAACGAGUCCAUUGUGAUAAAGGGCAAACGGUUCCUCGUCCUGAAGAUGAUUGGCCGAGGUGGCUCCAGUAAGGUGUACCAGGUUCUGGACCAAUGUAAUCAGCUGUUUGCUGUGAAGUAUGUGAACCUGGAGGAGGCCGAUGCCCAGACAGUGGAGAGCUACAAGAACGAGAUAGAGCAUCUCAAUCGCCUGCAGCAGUACAGUGAUCAGAUCAUCAAGCUGUAUGAUUAUGAAAUAACCAACAGCUACAUCUACAUGCUGAUGGAAUGUGGUAACCUGGACCUCAGCACCUGGCUACACAACCGUAAAACUGUCAACCCGCUGGAGAGGAAGUUAUACUGGAAGAAUAUGCUGGAGGCAUUCCAGACCAUCCACAAACAUGAUAUUGUCCAUAGUGACUUGAAGCCAGCCAAUUUUGUGAUUGUGAAUGCCUCGCUGAAAUUGAUCGACUUUGGCAUUGCAAACCGCAUCCAGCCUGAUGUGACAAGCAUUAUGAAAGAUUCUCAGGUUGGGACCUUGAACUACAUGCCCCCUGAAACCAUCAAAGACACUUCAUCCCAGCCAGGGAAGGCAAGCUCUAAGAUUAGUACUAAAGGUGAUGUGUGGUCCCUUGGUUGCAUCAUGUACUGCAUGACCUAUGAGAAGACUCCAUUCCAGACCAUCACCAACCAGAUCACCAAGCUACACGCCAUCAUUGACCCGACCCAUGAGAUGGAGUUCCCUGACAUUGCAGAGAAGGAUCUGCUAGAUGUGUUGAAGAGGUGCUUGGUACGAAACCCAAGAGAGCGGAUUUCCAUCACGGAACUGCUGGAGCAUUCAUACCUAAAGCUUCAGUCUCAGCAACAGUCACCUGUGCCAGCACCUCCUGACAAUAAUGAUCUGAAGAGGAUCCUCAACGAGCUCGCUGCCUUACAGUCUCCCAACAGCAUUGCCAGGGCUGCUAAUAACUUGGCGACCAGCCAUCUCAACUGGAAGAUGUAGAUGCUCCACUGAUGGCCUAAAAAAAAACAAAGGGGUCAGCAGAUGGGACUCCAUUCCUAGCCUAAGUCGAGCUUUACCCGAUAGAUACACUGCCCAUUCCAUGCUUCAGCACAACCCGAAAAAUACAUGCUGUUUGGCAGUACACUGGCCCUGUUUGAAUACUUUGAAAAUGUUUCCUUCCCCUUUUUAAAGUAAUCACUGAUCUGUCAUGUCUGGAAUGGUGAAAGCUAUGAAGUGGAACCUUUGCUUUUAUUCUAUCCAAGUAUGUUAGAUCAGCGAUAACACAGAGGAUGGGUCCAUAAAUGCCCUAGAGAGCUCUACCAUCUCCAUGUUUUAUUCUCUCAUGUCUUCAUGACUUCCCCUUGCUUGUAUCUUGAAGGAUACGGAUCUAUACUUUUUUUUAAAUUUUAAGAUGGACAUUUUUUUGUGUUUUUUGUUGGAAGACAAAAUAAGGACAGAAGAAAAAGGAAAAGAAAAGGACAACAAAGUGAAACCUCUAAAGAAACAAGAGACCAUAAUACAAGAAACAGCACUAUAGAGAGAUAGAACAACAACAACGCAGCCACUGCCAGCUAGCCUACUUCAGCAGUACUGUAUCAUUUGAAUUAUUUUAGUCAAUAAGAUUCCUGCUACGUAAGCUUAACUUUCUGAACAUUCGAGACGUGUAGUCCAUUUGUCAUUCCAAUCUCCUUUGCAUUAGCGUAGCCUCUUCUGUAGCCUGUCAACUAUGUGUCUGUCUAUCCCUGUUCUCUCCCGCGGCCACUCUAAUCUGGUGGUCCCAGCGCGCACGACCCACGUGGAGUUCCAGGUCUCCGGUAGCCUCUGGAACUGCCGAUCUGCGGCCAACAAGGCAGAGUUCAUCUCAGCCUAUGCCUCCCUCCAGUCCCUCGACUUCUUGGCACUGACGGAAACAUGGAUCACCACAGAUAACACUGCUACUCCUACUGCUCUCUCUUCGUCCGCCCACGUGUUCUCGCACACCCCGAGAGCUUCUGGUCAGCGGGGUGGUGGCACCGGGAUCCUCAUCUCUCCCAAGUGGUCAUUCUCUCUUUCUCCCCUUACCCAUCUGUCUAUCGCCUCCUUUGAAUUCCAUGCUGUCACAGUUACCAGCCCUUUCAAGCUUAACAUCCUUAUCAUUUAUCGCACUCCAGGUUCCCUCGGAGAGUUCAUCAAUGAGCUUGAUGCCUUGAUAAGCUCCUUUCCUGAGGAUGGCUCACCUCUCACAGUUCUGGGCGACUUUAACCUCCCCACGUCUACCUUUGACUCAUUCCUCUCUGCCUCCUUCUUUCCACUCCUCUCCUCUUUUGACCUCACCCUCUC